AUGGCGAACGGGUUGGCUGCGAGGACACACCCAGUACUACCUCUAUUUGGCCUCGCGCUGGAAAACAAAACCGAAGUAUCAGUGCGUUUGACAGCAGGCGCAUCAGCAUUAGACUACGACGCACCAUUCACCGGCAAAAUAGCCGUUAUUGAUGAGCUUCUCUCUCCGGUCUCCCCUGCGGAAGCAGGAACAGUCCGCUGUAUCGGACUGAACUACAAGGAACACGCGGCCGAGAUGAAGAUGACUCUUCCAGACGCACCUACUGUGUUUCUCAAAGCAAAUACCUGUAUUUCCUCGGCCGCAGAACCGAUCGUCCUGCCAUCUGUCGUGGAUCAUGACGAAGCAGACUACGAGGUUGAGCUAGCCAUUAUCAUCGGACAACGCUGUAAAAAUGUCUCUGUUGCUGAGGCCAUGGGCUACGUCCUCGGGUACUCGGUAGCCAACGACGUGACGGCACGGAAACACCAGGGGAAGACGUCGCAGUGGUCCUACGCCAAGGGGAUGGACGGCUUCUGCCCUCUCGGGCCGUGUAUCGUAUCCGCUGAGAAGAUCCCUGAUCCAUCAGUCUUCCAGCUACGCACGUCACUCAAUGGAAAGACCAUGCAGAAUGCGUCUGCAGAUGAUAUGAUUUUUAGCAUUGCCGAGGUGGUUUCGUAUCUAUCGCAGGGACACACGCUGCUACCAGGCACGGUGAUCAUCACAGGCACGCCAUGCGGCAUUGGUGUCUCCCAGAACCCGCCAGUCUUCUUGAAACCAGGAGAUCGGCUACGCAUCAGCGCGAGUCAUGGGAUUGGCACGCAGAUUUGUCCAAUUGUGAGGGAGUAG